UCUCAUGUCAACCGGUGAGAAAUAACAGACGGAUUUUAUCAGACUUAAGUGAUAACGUAAAAGUGCCAAAUGUCACUAGAUUUUCUUCGAAUAUAGAUCAAAUUUAAGCAAUGCCUUUUCGACUAUGGCGAGCCUAUCAAACGGCACUGCAUGUUCAUCCGGUGAAAACAGCCGCUUUUUCUGCAGGCACCCUGAUUUCAUUGGGAGAUGUUCUAGCCCAGUUCGUUGUAGAAAAACGAGACCUUGCCUCCUAUGACAAGAAACGCACUCUCAGAUUUGCCAUAUUUGGUACAUUCUUUGGUGUAAGUGGGGUUUUGCAAUGGGGUCCUGUGUUCAGCCUAUGGUAUACCAGACUAGCCACAUCGUUUGGUCACACAAAGUAUGCUUCCUUGAAAAUGGUUGCAUGUGAUCAGCUGUUGUUUGCACCCCCAUUCCUGGCCUACUUCCUUACAGUUAUGGAGUUAUUGAAGGGGGACAGGCUGCCGGAGAUCAAGGCCAAGUUACAGGAUGAUUAUCCUGAUAUAAUCAAGACCAAUUAUAAGAUCUGGCCAGCUGUGCAGGCCCUGAACUUCACCUUUGUACCAGUCACAUACAGGGUACUGGUGGUCAACCUUGUUGCUGUAGGCUGGAACACUUACCUGGCCUGGAUGUCAGAGAAAGUCCACCCCCACCCUGAGCUCCAACCAGAACAACACCCAGAGCUGCUACCAGAGCAACAACAGGAGGCAGAAGAGGCUCAUUAAUGAAGGCCUUUUAUUAGAAUCAAUAGGUUAUUAUAAGUAGCUUAUACAAACAUAUUUUAAUUCAGUUCUUAGGAAAGAUCUAUGUUGUAAUGUAAAAUAUUUUUUUGUUAUUUUGAUAUAAAUUUUGAUAUCAUCAAUGUCACUGCCAGCUUGAAAUUACAUCAUUAUGUAUUUUAAACCACGUUAUUAGAAUGGGGAUGUCGUUGGGCGGGUGGGUUUGUGACAAGAUGGCAGGCUUCAAAAAUUGGUUUCCCCAUAGUCGACUUUUGUCCGGCUAAGCCACUACUGGUACUAUGAAAUAAUUCAUUACUUUAAAAAUGAUUUGAUAUGUAGUAUUAGUAUAUAUAAAUAUAUAUAUAUAUAUAUAUUGUUAUACUUUUAUGACAUUGUAAGCAAUGAAAUUGCUUUGUUCUCAGAUUUGCUUUAGAAAAGAAUUCCAUUCAUUAUAUAUGUACACAUGCAUUGUUUUAACUGUGAAAUCCAUAUAAGGCCUAAAAAAAUACUUUUGGUUCUGAUUACCCAACCCUACAUACGAAAUAGGCGCCGACCCUACAUACGAAAUAGGGGCCGACCCUACAUACGAAAUAGGGGCCGACCCUACAUACGAAAUAGGCGCCGACCCUACAUACGAAAUAGGGGCCGACCCUACAUACGAAAUAGGCGCCGACCCUACAUACGAAAUAGGCGCCGACCCUACAUACGAAAUAGGGGCCGACCCUACAUACGAAAUAGGCGCCGACCCUACAUACGAAAUAGGCGCCGACCCUACAUACGAAAUAGGGGCCGACCCUACAUACGAAAUAGGCGCCGACCCUACAUACGAAAUAGGCGCCGACCCUACAUACGAAAUAGGGGCCGACCCUACAUACGAAAUAGGGGCCGACCCUACAUACGAAAUAGGGGCCGACCCUACAUACGAAAUAGGCGCCGACCCUACAUACGAAAUAGGCGCCGACCCUACAUACAAAAUAGGGGCCGACCCUACAGUUUUUACAGUCUGUUGGUAAAGGAAAAUCAUUAAACUAAAGUAUGUGAUUUAAUAUGUAGUUUUAAACCUUUGAAGCUUUACACUGAAUAUUACUUUUACCUAUUUUUAAAAAGGAUGUAACCCUAACAAAACAGAUGUUUUUAGGCCUAAUAUAUAAUGAUAUUAUUACAGCACAAUAUCUCUGGUUAGCAAUCAGUUCAAUGUUAAAAGAACAUGUAUUGAUCAUAUUGUUUUAACUAACACAAUUUCAAGUGAUAUCUUUUGCUACAUUAUAUUUGGUAAUCUGCAGGGGUUUUUUAAUCUGCUAUUGUGUAGGCAAGAUUGUUGAGUAUUUGAGAUGUACAAAGCUUGGGUUUAAAGUGAAAGGGUUCUUUGUGAUAUUACACUAUAAACUACUGUAUUCCUAAAGAAACUACAGUACUCUGAAAAUUCAACUGCUGAUUUGUGCUUGUAUUCCUGAAAUUGCACUUAAACAUAAAUGCGGUUGAUUCAUGAUGUCAUUUCUGUAAAGGAAAUUCCAGGAAAUGUUGUAUAAAGGCUAAGUGCAGUUUCAUUGGUUCAUACUACAAACAGUGCAUUUUAACAUGAAAUUAAUCAAAGGAGGCAUAUAGUAGAUGGAAUUUUAGGAUGAACGCCUUUCUGAUGACCCAUAUCAUGUCUUGUUCAGUGUUUGAACAUGCAUCCAUGGAUCUGUUUUCUCUGUGAAUUAGACGUGAUACAUGACAUCAGCAAGGGUCCUCUCAUAAAAUCCCUUGCAUCACUUGUUCUUCAUCGUAAAGCGGGGUUAAGCCCAUCACAUUGUUCUGAUAUUCCUAACAUUGAGUUUGUCUUUUUUCAUGCGAGCUUGCUAACAUUUUUUUUUUUUUUUUUUUGUAAAGUCAAUUCAUUUUAAGGAAAUUCACAGAUGGAAACAUUUCCGAUUGUUGUUACCCAUGAUAAAGAGCAAACAUUAAGCUCACACCAAUAAUAUUAUAUAAAUAAACAUGAAUAUAUGACUCAGAAAAAAAAUCAUACUGCGAAUAUCUUUAUUGAAACCAGCCCCUGAUGGUAUCUGAAAAUUGAUUUUAGUCUUGUUGUUGUUUCAACUUGCCACUCAGGUUCAUAUAUCAUGGUGCUUUUUGUUCAAGAUUAUUGCAUUUAUUAAACCAUUCAAAUGUUCUUCAUCAUGUUUUUCUGCAAAUCUAGCCUAAAACCUUAUAGAUAUAAAGUCAAUUUAGUUAUUUGAGUAAUAAUGAUAAAUAAAGGCCAAGCAAUAGCUGACGGGUACAUGUGCAUAUGACAGAAAUUGGCAAAUUUAAUCAUAAAAACAUCAUUUUUCUAUGGGGUAUUUUAGCGAACUUAAGAUUUUUAUUGACACUUAUUCAAUUAUUUAUCAAAGGCAGUAAUGUCUGGUUUCCUGGUUCAUUAUUGUUUGGGGUGAUCAACGUCCUCAAUUCAGUUGAGUAUAAACAUGGUUUCCUAUAUGUUUAUGGGAUAUUUUUUAGAAACGACCUUGCGCACCGAAUGAAGAGCAAUUGCAUGUUUAAGCUGACGUUUGUUUAAGUUGAAAAUCAUGUCUGUAGUAAAAUAUCUUGUGAAAACAAUGCUCCUAAUCUUACUAGGUUUACCAACUCACUCACUGAACUUUAUUUUUCAAAACUACGAUUUUAUACUGUUCUCUAUUGUGCAAAUCUCAUCCAAUACCUUGUUUUGGUCAAUGAAAGGUAUUGUUAUUGUUAUUAGUGCAGAUCACCAGUUUUGGAGAUAAAUCGGCACAUUUAAGAAAAUGCUUACUGGUUCAUUCUGUCCAUUUUUAGAAUCCAGGUUCAUCCCAAAUCUUGUAAAUAUAUGGCACAAUUAAUUUACAAUUUAAGAUGCACUCUUACUCCGAAAUAAGAUUUACCACGAUUAAUAUAAUUAUUAUAAUAUACCAAAACAUAUGAAUAAAUGUCGAAAACAAUGGUUUUUAUUAAGGUUACCGAGUUUAAUUUGAAAGAAAGAUUCAGAAAACACGCUAUUUCUACCUUAUAAGACGAUAGUAUAUCGCAGUUAAUCUUUUAGCCUUCACUAAUCAUUUAAUAAUUUUGCGUUUUCAGCUAUUUAUAACACGGUUACAAGCUUGUUAUCAGUAAUACAUAUUUUCCUUAAAUGCAUUAUUUAGUAAGUAGUUUAUGGUUUAUUACUCAAAAUGUAUGUUUGUUACACAUUUGUAUGUAUUGAUUUUGAAUAAGAGUGUACUUUAAAAGGCAUCGAUUGUUUUUUCCUAAUCCUGAAAAAGAUAUUUUACCUGGAAAUAAAAUGUGGAUCAGGCCUGAAAAACAGGACCUUUGAAAGAAGUCACAGUAUCAAAUAUUUUAUUUCCAUCAUAAUUAUGUAAUUAAAAAAACUAUGAUUUUCUGCUGCUUCACAAUGGCAUAUAUGAAAGUGCAAUUUUAUCUUCCUGGGAGGACAAAUUAUUGCAGCAAAUGUGACAUUAAUUUUGCUUUCACAGUUAAUGAAAAAUUGAAGUAGGCAGCGGUCGUGUUUUGGGUUUGUUUGUUGUUGUUGUUUUUUCAAAUUAUAUUUAGAACUUAAAUGCAUGGGUUGUUGUUUUCCUCAGGAAAACAUGUACCAUUGUUUUACCUUGAAAAAUAUUUCAGAAAUAAAAUGUAAAUUGAUUAGGCAAGGAAGUUCAAUUGAGCACUGUUAUAAAAUUCAAGUUUACACCUUGUCUCUGUUUUCAAGAGAAAGUUGAGGUAUUGUCAUAGCUUUGUGUCAAUGUCAGCAUUGUGUAAAAAUAUAACUGUGGCCAUAUCUUCAAAACCGGUCAAGAUAUUCAAAUGCAACUUGGUUGACAUUUUGAAUAAAAUAAUAUGCACAUAUAAAGGAAGGUCUAUAACUCUGGCAUCAAUAAUUGUCGAGUUAUGCCCAAUGUUUAACUGAAACAAGAAUAUGAGCACCACAGCCUUCCUGUUCAUUAGUUUUAUUUUUUACUUAAUAUUAUGUAUUUGCCUUCUGUUAUGAAAAUGAUUUCUGUCUCUUAUGCCCUGGAAGGUGGGCAUAUUGAAAUGGCACUGUCUGUCCGUUCAGUUUUCUGUGUCUGGAUUGUAACUUUGUUGUGCAGACAGGGAUUUUAAAAUUACUUUGCACAUGUGUUAUGUACAUAAAGACAACGGAUCUUGUGCAAGAGCCACGUCCCUAGUAGGAUGCUGCAUAUAUGCACACAGAUCAAGUUGGUUCUGUCAAGGCUGUCUCUUUUGUCUUGCACAGAGGGAUUUUAAUCUUCUUGGCACAUUUAUUUCGUAUAUAAUGGUGAUCUGUGACUCGCAAGACCUUCUUUCCUACCUCUUACUUCCUCACUCACCCACACUUGGAAGUUAUUAAGCCACCAUGGGGUCAUGCAUAUGCUUAUAGUUUAAGUGUGCUCUUCCUGAAUGUAGACUACAUAACUCAUUGUACUGGAUUACAUUUGGGGGGCAUUCCUCUCCAAAUACUGGCUCUUGUAACUGUAUUUUAUUAAUUGAUUAGCCCAAUAUUUCUGCAUGUCUCUAGCCUAGAUCAAUAAAAUAAAAUUUCUUGGACUUAUUUUAGUGAAUAAAAUUUUUAGACUA